CUCAAAGUUACGGGCAUCGUCUCAGCCCGAUCAAGAAAACCGGACCGAUCUGUUGCCGCUGCCUACAUGUGUGGUUCCGUUCUUCAUCCAAUAAAUACAGAUUAAAAGCAUGAAAUGGAUCGAAACGGGCAAUAGGAAGGAUGUAUAACGAGAAGGGAACAUCAAGAGAGAAAAACAAAACCAGAGACGAGGUGGAGGAGCUACUUCUUGCGGCGGAGGACGAUCUCCUCCUCAACCUAAAUCUCAAUUCCCACCUGUCCCACUCCUCUUCUUCCUCCUCUCCCCUCGAUCACGAUCUCUCCCGUCGCUUCGAAGCUCUGAAAUCGUCAAAAAGUGCGAGGGUGCCACCGUCGCAAACGCAGCAGCAGGAGAAGACGAGCGCAGCUCCAAAAUUGACAUCCGAUUCGACGAUAAUUACUAAGAUGCCACUGCCGGAAACUCAGCAGAAGGAGAAAAGCAAAGAGGAGGAGGAGUUGGAGAGGGUUAUCGGAGCCGAUCUUUCUGCCAGGUUCGCUGCUCUCCGUGGAGAUUCUUCUUCGAAGACUUCUACAGAAUCCCAAUUGAGAUCUAAAAGUGGAGAUACAGAUGAUGAUGAUGUGGAGAAGGUGAUUCAGUGGGCCAACGAUGCAGCUCGCCUUGAUCCGUCCUCUCCCACCGAUGAAGAUGAAGAUGAAGAUGAAGAUGAAGAAGAAGAAGAAGAUGAAGACGAUGAUUAUGACGGUGAAAGUGGAGAAGACGACGAUGACGAUGUGGAACACGGAAAGAGGGAACAGACGAGGAAACGACGGCACAAGUAAUAGGUACUGUCAUUCUCUUAUGUGAUACCUAUUCUUGCUAUUGUAACUCAUCUAUACGGACCGUUUGAUUUGUUUACCUUUGAAUGUUUGACCAUGGUACAGUCAUUUGUGUUGACCGUUGAUAUUACAUAAAGGUUAUGAACUGCCAAA